AUGACUCCACAAUCUGCUUCACCAGUACCUUCCGCAGUCUCCUCCACCACAGCGUCACAGAUCUCCUAUGAUUCCCGAGAUGGAGAGCCCCAGGUAACACGUGCUUUAGCGGGCAUGAAUCUGUCCGCCGCGAACGGGGACGUCCUCCCCGUUCCUCCCACCCCCGCAAAGAUCGCUAGACCUACCAUGGCCAAUCGCAUCUCUCGCAUGUUCUCCAAUACUGGGAAGUCGACUCCGAAAGAGCAGGAAUCGCAUCGCGACUUCUCAGACAGCAGUACAGAAAGCAUUAAAGCUCCCUCGAACGCCAGCAUCAAACAAUCCAAGCCCACCUCUAAGCCCUCCUCCAAGCCUAACUCCAAGCCAUCCUCCAGAGCCCCCUCGCGACAGGCGUCUACGAAAGAGGAGGCCGAGAAGAAGCCAAAGUCCAGCAAUGGCAAAGAUAAUAAAGAAGCUGCCCCCGUUCACAAACGAUUCGAGUUGCCCGGAGAUGGCACUCAUAACCAUCACCUCCGCAGCGCAAGACGACAGGAGAAGCUGACGGAUCUACUACGUGACAUGCUGGGCGGUGGCAGGAAGAAGGAUGAUCACGUGGACGAGCAACAGCUAUCACUUAUGUCUACAUGGAUCGACCAGUUUAAAAACGAACGGGAUAAGCUAGCCGCCGACAAGAAGGGCGGCCCCAACGCCACCGCUUCGCUGGUUGACAAAUACGGAAAAUGCCAGGAAAUCGUUGGCCGUGGCGCCUUCGGUAUUGUUCGGAUUUCCCACAAGGUGGACCCGAGAGACUCGAAAGUUGAACAGCUGUAUGCCGUGAAAGAGUUCCGUCGUCGGCCACAGGAGACGACGAAGAAGUAUCAGAAGCGAUUAACUUCGGAAUUUUGCAUUUCCUCUUCCCUUCGCCACCCCAACGUCAUUCACACCCUUGAUCUUCUACAGGAUGCCAAAGGUGACUACUGUGAGGUGAUGGAGUACUGCGCUGGAGGCGAUCUCUAUACCCUCGUGUUGGCGGCCGGAAAACUGGAAGUGGCCGAGGCGGAUUGCUUUUUCAAGCAGCUUAUGCGUGGCGUGGAAUACAUGCACGAAAUGGGUGUUGCCCACCGUGACCUGAAGCCUGAGAACCUGUUAUUGACCACCCACGGAGCUCUCAAAAUUACAGAUUUCGGAAAUGGUGAAUGCUUCCGCAUGGCAUGGGAAAAGGAAGCUCACAUGACUGCGGGCCUCUGUGGUUCAGCCCCUUACAUCGCCCCGGAGGAAUACGUCGAGAAGGAAUUCGACCCUCGGGCGGUGGACGUAUGGGCGACGGGUGUUAUUUACAUGGCCAUGAGGACUGGACGCCAUCUCUGGCGUGUGGCCCGCAAGGAUGAGGAUGAAUUUUACCAACGCUAUCUGGAGGGUCGUAAGCAUGAGGAUGGUUACGCUCCCAUUGAAACUCUGCAUCGGGUAAGUGUUGAGCGAACCCCUCGCUUCAAGUUGACACUGGCUCACAAUGUCUCCCAGGCGCGUUGCCGAAACGUGAUCUACUCGAUUCUGGACCCCAAUCCUUCCCGCCGUAUCAACGCCUCGCAAGUCUUGAAAUCCGAGUGGGUUCGCGAGAUCAAGCUGUGCAAGGCUGGCGAGGAAGGAUACUGA